GGAUCUAGUACAAAAGGGAGGCGAUCCAGAUCCAAGGGAGCUCUGCCAUGCCGAAGAUCGCAGACUUUCCUUACAACAAUGCGCAAAUCCUGGAACUGGCGAAGCAACUUCCGACACCUUUCCAUCUUUACCAUGAAGAGACCAUUCGGAACACCGUCAGGGGCUUGAACAAAGCCUUCAGCUGGUGCCCAGGCUACAAAAACCACUUUGCAGUAAAGGCUACGCCCAAUCCGCACAUCAUGCAAAUCCUCAAAGAGGAAGGCUGUGGUGCUGACUGCUCCAGUUACACAGAACUGGUCUUGUCCGAACGAAUGGGGCUGACUGGUGAGGAUAUCAUGUUUACGAGCAACAACACGCCCCUCAAGGAAUACCAGAAGGCCAAAGAGCUGGGAGCCCUGGUAAACCUGGACGACAUCUCCCACAUCGACUUCCUGGCUGCUGAUGGUUUGCCAGAGCUGGUGAGCUUCCGCUACAACCCAGGGCCCAGUCGGACGGGAAAUGUGCUGAUCGGUGACCCUAAGGAAGCAAAGUUUGGCACAACAAGUGACCAGCUGUUAGAGGGCUACCGCAAGUGCAAGGAAUUGGGUGUGAAGCGUUUCGGCCUUCAUGCCAUGGUAGUCUCGAACUGUUUGAAGGCGGAGGAGUUGUUGGAGACAGCUCGGAUGCUUUUCAAUCUAGUUCUCGUGAUCAAGGAAAAACUUGGAAUCACCAUUGAACUGGUGAACCUUGGAGGUGGCUUUGGCAUCCCUUAUCGCCCAGAGGAGAAGGUGAUAGAUGUGCAGGCCGUGGGCUCCGGGAUCCAGCAGAUCUACAAGGAGAUGAUCGAGCCCAAAGGAAUGAAGCUGCGCAUCGUCACUGAAUGCGGUCGCUACAUCACAGGGCCAGCAGGUAUGCUUGUGAGCCGUGUGACCCACCGGAAAAAGAUUUACAAAAACUACGUGGGUUUGGACGCCUGCAUGGCCAACUUGAUGCGGCCGGGCAUGUAUGGUGCGUAUCAUCAUAUCACCAUCAUUCCCAACAGUGAGCAGAUGCCCGAGCUGCCGGACCGCAAGAAAGAGAUGCCCGACAACAGCAAGGACCUCAUCACCAAGACGGGCAUCUACGAUGUCGUGGGAGGUCUUUGCGAGAACAACGACAAGUUCGCGGUGGAUCGCAGCCUCAAUGCAGAUCCUCGGCCCGGGGACGUGGCCGUGAUCCACGACAGCGGUGCCCAUGGCCAUUCCAUGGGCUUCAACUACAACGGAAAGCCGCGAUCGGCGGAGUAUUUGUUUAGAUGCGAUGGCUCAGUGCUGCGAAUACGUCGUGCAGAGACUGUAGAGGACAUCUUCAGCACAGUGGAUUUUGCUGCGGCGCAGAGCAUGCAGCAUGCGCAGAAUGGUCACAGCAUCUCAGGAGAAUCUUCUAGGGGUUGUCUGCCCCUUGGCAAGAUCUUGGGCUACUGAAGCCGUGUGAAUUUUCCCGGCAGCGCGCCGCAAAGCAAAGUUCCAGGCGGCUUCAGCCGGACCGUGCUCCAGCGAAGCCGGAUACGCCACGUCAGAUCUCAACUCUUGAAAUGGAGGUCCAGGAGGAGUCACUAAUGUC